AUGAAACAAACAACAACCAUCUUCCUUGUUUUCUUUUCCUUGCUUAUAAUCUUGUUCAUAUCAUGUGGUGAUGCUCAAUCUUGCAAACCGAGUGGAAAGUUGAGAGGUAAAAAACCACCUCCCGGAGCGUGUGUGAACGAUCCAGAUUGUUGCAAAGUAGGCAAAUUUUACGAAACAUACACAUGCUCCCCUCCUGUAACUAAACAAACAAAGGCAAAAAUGACUAUAAACAACUUUGAGAAGGGAGGGGACGGUGGUGCCCCAUCUGAGUGCGACAUCAAGUACCACUCAAAUGGCACGCCUAUUGUGGCAUUGUCCACUGGGUGGUAUAAUAAAGGGAAAAGGUGCUUGAAGUUUAUUAACAUACAUUACAAGGGUAAGAGUGUCAAAGCUAAGGUGGUGGAUGAAUGUGACUCGACCCAGGGAUGUGAUGCGGACCAUGGUUUCCAGCCACCAUGUCCUAAUAACGUUGUGGAUGGAUCUAAAGCGGUCUGGGAGGCCCUUGGGGUGCCUAAGAGUGAUUGGGGUGAAGCGGAAGUUACUUGGUCAGACGCAUAAUCAUGCUUAAAAGUCGAAACCAAAGCAAUAAUUGAAGUAGUUUGCAUUUUAAGGAUCAGUAAGUGAAUGAAGUGACCCUUACAAAAAUAAAGAAAACCAAGGCCAACUACUUUUUUUUUCCCCUACUAUUUUCAAGAUAAAUUGAAACCUAUUCUCCCUAUAAGAUAAUGGUUUAGAAACUGAAGAUUAACCGGUUUAACUGAAUCAAUAUAAUUGAACUAAAGCAAAA